GUUGUACAAAGUCCGCUCUCGUUUUCGACGAGACUAGCAGAUGAUAUGCACAUAACUAAAUAUAAAAUACUUCAGACCUAAUUCACUUUGUGAUUUUUUUGAUCAGUUAAGUUGUGACAAAAUGUCAGAACUAAGACACAGAGUGAAAGAUGGAGAUGUUAGCAGUUCAGACGAGAAGCCUCCACCUCAGAGUAACCCUGAAUCAGAAGAUGAUGAGCUGCCACCUGGUGCUGACCUGAGUACAACACGGCAGUUGUCACAAUCAUCAGACAAAACAACUGAAGCUUUAGAUUCCGCUCUUAAAAGUCUCAACCCAAGAUGGAGAAAUUGGAUUAUAAGAGGAAUCUUCUCCUGGGCGAUGAUUUUCUUCUUCUUUUUAAUCAUCUAUUUAGGACCACUGGCAUUGGUUAUUGUUACACUGAUGGUACAGAUCAAAUGUUUCCAUGAGAUUAUUACAAUCGGGUAUAUUGUUUACAAGUCAUUUAACUUACCAUGGUUCCGUAUGUUGAGUUGGUAUUUCCUGUUUACGUCUAAUUAUUUUUUCUACGGAGAAAGUCUCAUUCAGUACUUUGGGGUUCUGCUUCAGCGUACAGAAUUUUUACGUCCCUUAGUAUCGUACCACAGAUUUAUAUCCUUUUCCUUGUACGUGGCUGGCUUUGUUGGUUUUGUUGUCAGCUUGAAGAAGAAGCACUACUUAAAACAGUUCACCUUGUUUGGUUGGACACACGUAACCUUACUUAUAGUGGUCACACAGUCACACUUAAUUAUACAGAAUGUUUUUGAGGGUCUCAUUUGGCUUUUAGUCCCAGUUUCCAUGAUCAUUUGUAAUGACAUCAUGGCGUACAUGUUUGGAUUUUUCUUUGGUAAAACACCGCUGAUCAAACUGUCUCCUAAGAAAACAUGGGAAGGAUUUAUUGGUGGUGCUUUGUCUACAGUAGUGUUUGGACUUGCAUUGUCCUAUUUUCUGGUGCAAUUUGAUUAUUUUGUUUGUCCGAUUUCUUACGAUGAUGUAAAUAACAAGAUAUCGUACGAGUGUGAGAGACAUCCCGUGUUUAUAUUAACAGAAGUCAAUCUGCCAACAGUAGCACAGAAGAUAUUCAGUGUAUUUGGUAUCCCCUGGAAGACUAUCACACUAUAUCCAUUCAUGUUACAUUCUAUCAGUAUGUCACUGUUUGCCUCAGUCAUUGGACCAUUUGGAGGAUUCUUUGCCAGUGGAUUCAAAAGAGCAUUUAAAAUCAAAGAUUUUGGAGACACAAUCCCAGGACAUGGUGGUAUCAUGGACAGAUUUGACUGUCAGUUCCUCAUGGCUACAUUUGUUCAUGUCUACUACACUAGUUUUAUCAGAGCACCUAACCCCCAGAAGAUCUUACAGAGUAUUUGGUUACUGACAACAGAGGAACAGAUUCAGAUAUAUAAUACACUGAGAGAGAAAUUAACACUGAGGGGACUCAUUCUCGACAGGGCCACAAAUACGUAACACCAUUUUCAACUAAAUUUUAGAAGAUUUUAGAUCAAUUUUGUAAUUUGUUUUAGAAAUAUAUAGCAAUAUUUGUUACUAGUUUUAUGAAUGUUUUAUCCUGAAGGUACAUGUGAUAUGAAUGGGGGUCCAGAAGAGGUGAAUGCUUCAUAUUUUAUCGUUAUUUAUUAUGGGUGUACAUUUUUUUAUCAUUUUCAGUAAUGAAAGAACUUGUGAUCAUAUGAUUGGUUUAGAUAUUUGCUAAUUGUGUAUAUUAUAUGUAUAUGUGUAAAUUUUAAAAACAAAUUGAAGUUUUGCGGAUGUUUAUCACUAUGAUAUGGUUUAAGUGUAUCUGAAUUUUCAGAAUUAAGACCCU